UUCGGUUUUCUUUUCUGGAAACCUGAAGCGGUGGCGUGGCCAGGCCACCAGGACUUCUAGACUGGACCCGGAAGGCGUCUCCAGGCAGGGUCCCGGAUCUCCUUAAAUGAUCUCUGGACUAGGGAACCUGGGUGACAGCCCGGCAUCAAGGAAUCUCUGCAAGCCUGUCAAAAUCUGGUCCCUCUAUCCAAAGUGGUGCACAAUGUUCUCACCAGUCUGGAGCGGACUUUCCAACCAUCACUGUUAAUGAUACUGUUCAGCCAGGUCAACCUACGAGAAUACCCCAGCCUGGCGGCAAUUUUCAGAAGCUUCAAAAACGUUCGUACUGCCUAUGAAGAGAAUAAGAGAGCUGCUUAUACCCUACCCAAAGCCCCAACCGACCCAGCAGAAGGGCACUCCUUCCGGACUCUGCUGCCACUGCCCCCACCCGAACCAUCUCCACCAAGUCAUCUGUCCUCUGCACCAAGAGUCUGUGAGCCCCGAGAAGCCUCACACCAAAUCACUGAGAUCCUGGAUGAGCAGCCCAGCCCUUCUCACACAGCCGUGCCUCCCCCUGGCUUCAUUCGGGAAGGAAAGACCACUGCAGAGUCUUCCAGGGAUCCCCCGAGAAAUGAUAAAGACGACUCUACAGAGACGCCCCCCAGUCCCUCAGGCUCCAUUCCAGUGAUCCAAGACAACUUAACAUCCAAGGCUGAGGAGGAGGAAGACUCAGGAGGGCAGCCUCCCGGUUCCCCUGGCUCUGUGCAAGCAGUAAAAGAUGAGUCUCCUGCACCAAAUGACCUGGAGCUGCCCCAGGAAGCACCCAGCACACCUGCCAACAAGAAAGCAAAAAAGAAGAAAAGAUGCAUCUGGUCAACUCCCAAAAGAAGACAUCAGAAGAAAAGACCCCCACAAGGGGUGGCCUCACCUGGACUUGGAGUCCAAGAGAAGCUCAAAGUGGUGGGUCAGAGGACUCCGAGGAAGGGUGACUCAACCAGGACCUUGAAGAUGGUGACCAGGUCUCAGAUGGCAAAAACUAAACGUGCUCAGACAUCCAGAUCACAGGAGGUCAUCAAUGGGGCUUCAAAAACAAAUGGAAUAAGGAGGCCUCAGAGGAUGCCCAGCCUAUUACCAAAAACCACACAAGGGAAGUCCAAUGAUGACACUGCGGAUUUUCUCUCUCCUAUACUUCCUGUGACCUGUGGUAAGGUCAAAGGGAUUUUGUUCAAGGAGAAAAUGAAGCAAGGACCCUCAGGAAAAUGCAUUCAGAAUGAGGCAGGGGAUUUGCUCACUCCAAGGGAAUUUUUAAUUAAAGGAGGAAAGGCCAGGUCAAAAGACUGGAAGAAAACUAUAUGGUGCAAGGGGAAGACGUUAAGAUUCCUGGAGCAGAAAGGACUUUUGCUCUGCACCUCCAACAGCAACCUCAAGAAAAGGGUGACGAGCAGAUGAAGUCCUGACACGUGCUCAGCUGCUGCGCCUCAGACUCUCGGUGUCUGACUUUGCCACCGAGCCCCUGAGUGCCCCAGCUCUGAAGUCCUUCCUGUUUGGUCCAGCAGUGGGUUACAUGCUCACGAUGCCUCUGUUGACAGCUGAUACACAAUGGAAAUGUGCCUGGAUCCAGGAAAUUAAAGACAAAGCUGUUGAUGUC